GCUUGAGAUUACAACUUGGAUGUGUAAAUGUCAUUUGUAGUUUGAUUAGGCAAAGCCGAUGCCUGUUACAUAUCGAAGUGAAGUGUCGGCUGCGGAAUCAUACUUCUUUUUACUUGGAGCUGCGUUUCAGUGCGUUCUAGGGCUCUACACACUUAUCUGUCAUUUUCCGGGAGUGAGCUGGUACUUAAUUUUCUUUGAUCAAUAGUUUAGCGUGUCACGAGCAGGGUCACUCACAUGUCAAAGCGAGUACCAUGUAUUUGAUUGGUUUAUACGGAUCGCCUCGUAUCUCACUUUAACCGUCAACAGCAGUAGGUCCGCGAACUAAUCCUCAAUGGGAUUAUUUUUGAAUAGAACAGAUUAAUUUCAUGCCUUCUGUACACUAUUCCAGACGUAAAUACUGAAAAUAGGUGCCAGGUUUGGUGAGUAAAGCAUUCAUUUAGAUCUCCAGCUCAGACUGGUCAGCCCUGUUGGUUGGGUAGAUCGGUUGUAGUUUUGAUUUUGUGUGCUGUGGUGUCAUGUCCCCCGGCCCUGCAUGCGCCUCGGUUUGGAGCGUGGUGUCUUUAAUGUUCAUUAAAGUGGUGCAUGGUGCAUUCACGUCCCGGUGCAUGGAGCACAGAGCUCCGCUCGGAUUGCGCGAGGAAACAAGUUUCGUCUCGUGCGGUCUAAUGGCCUCUAGGAGUGGUUGAAUAGGUUAUUGUUCACGAGCCGGAAAGCGCUGCCGCCUCUGAUUGGCGCAGGGCAGUGCGUCGAUUCGCACGUCACAACCCGGCACGCCCCCGGGAUAUUCUCACGCGGACCGCCCUCUGCUGUGUCUUAUAAAGUUGGAACAGACGCGUAGGAGUUCACUUAAGAGUUGAGUCGUUUUGGGUUCGUGCCCACGGCGGAAAAAUACCGCAAUGACAAUCCAGACGAAGACCAGCGUUCCGCCUCCCGCUCUGACCUACUCUAAAACCAGAGGACUAGUGGCUAAUCUCAGUGCCUUUAUGAAACAGAGGAGAAUGGGACUGAAUGAUUUUAUUCAGAAGCUUGCAACCAGCUCCUAUGCAUGUAAACACCCAGAGGUCCAGUCAAUCCUGAACUUGACACCACCACAGGAUCCUGAACUGAUGAACACUAACCCCUCUCCUCCACUUAGUCCGUCACAGCAGAUAAACCUGGGUCCCUCCUCCAACCCCACCGCCAAACCCUCCGACUUUAACUUCCUGAAGGUGAUUGGAAAAGGCAGCUUUGGCAAGGUUCUGCUGGCCCGUCACCAUGGCGAUGACAAGUUUUACGCUGUCAAAGUGCUACAGAAGAAAGCCAUUCUAAAGAAGAAAGAGGAGAAACACAUCAUGUCUGAGCGUAAUGUGCUGCUGAAGAACGUGAAGCACCCGUUCCUGGUGGGUCUGCACUACUCCUUCCAGACGGCUGACAAACUCUACUUUGUGCUGGAUUACAUCAACGGAGGAGAGCUGUUCUAUCACCUGCAACGGGAGCGCUGUUUCCUGGAGCCCCGGGCCCGGUUCUAUGCAGCGGAGAUCGCCAGCGCUUUGGGCUAUCUGCACUCGCUCAACAUCGUGUACCGAGACCUGAAGCCUGAGAACAUUCUCCUGGACUCCCAGGGCCACAUCAUCCUCACAGACUUUGGCCUUUGCAAGGAGAACAUAGAACCCAACGGUACCACGUCCACCUUCUGUGGGACUCCGGAGUAUUUGGCUCCAGAGGUACUGCAUAAGCAGCCGUAUGACAGAACCGUGGACUGGUGGUGUUUGGGUGCUGUGCUCUAUGAGAUGCUGUAUGGCCUGCCUCCGUUCUACAGCCGGAACACUGCGGAGAUGUAUGACAACAUCCUGAACAAACCGCUGCAGCUUAAACCCAACAUCUCUAACGCCGCCCGCCACCUGCUGGAGGGCCUUCUCCAGAAGGACCGGACCAAGAGGCUGGGUUGCACCGAUGACUUUACUGAGAUCAAGAAUCACAUGUUCUUCUCGCCCAUUAACUGGGAUGAUCUUAAUGCGAAGAAGCUCACCCCUCCUUUCAAUCCCAAUGUGACUGGCCCGAACGACCUUCGGCACUUUGACCCAGAGUUCACAGAUGAGCCAGUCCCGAGCUCUAUUGGCUGCUCACCUGACAGCGCGCUGGUCACUGCCAGCAUCAGCGAUGCAGCUGAGGCCUUCCUGGGUUUCUCUUAUGCCCCUACCAUGGACUCCUACCUGUAGCCCGUCGCCGCGGAGACGGCAUCUCAUAGACUUGUACCUGUAGUUUGUUGCCAUGGAAACGUCGUCCCAUGGAAGCCCGCCUGUAGUGCAUCACUAUGAGAACGGAGCCGGCUCCCUGUCUCCCGCUGCCCAUGGUGUGGGGCUGUUUGCACAUGGCCUUUGGCAGCUCCACGGGCCUUAGUUCCAAGGCCUGGCUCUCUCACGAGAGAACUUUCACCUCCUGUUUGUCAUGGUUGUUGUCAUUGUCAUCGUCGGGGGCACUGAGCACACUCACUUCUCUGCUUGCACUCAGGUCCUUUUGAAUGGACUCAGAUGGGUAGAGAGCAGGCACAGAGAUGAGAGAGCCCCGCGGUUGGCUAUUCCCCCUCCCCCAUACUUAACUCACUGGUUUAUUUGAGGGCAUUGCUGUUGACUAGAAAUGCAGAAAUUUGAAUGUUUUGGGUUAGUUGUUUAUUUUGGAGGAAGGUAUUUGUGUCUUCAUUUUAUUUCCUUCUUGUCACACAUGUAUUUGUCCUGGUCAUGUGACCAGGUGCUCACCAUCACACAACCCUGGUUUUGUGACACGUUCCUUUGGUUGCCAUGAUACAGCAUACAGAAAGAAGCCCGUUGCACAUUUAAAGAUCGCCACUAUGAUUCCGUCCUCCGGUUCUGUUCCUCAUUUUUCCAUUGUUGUUUUAGCUUGAAUGUGUGGGCCAAUGCUGGAGGGAUCUGCUGCUAUGAUAGUGUAGAUAGACACGUGGACCAACCAAUCACAUAACGUUUCUCACCUUGGUCUUCCAGCCUCUGCUGUGAUGUAACGAAGCCACUCAGAAAAGCAUUCCGAUGCUGUCUGUACACCACAUUCCAUUCAGUAUGACUGUAUACUGCUAUUUAAGUUUGUUUGUAUAUUUUGAGUCUGUGUAUUAGUUUUAAUGUAUAUGGAACAAAGCAACUAAAGAUAUGCUUCUAUGUAACAAUAACUGUUAAAAACUGUUGAAAUAUGUACUGUAUAUUGUAAGAUGUUUUGAUUUGUGACCUCGUUUGGUUUGCAAUAAAACUUUAUUGUUAUUUUCCCCAAA